GCACUCACACAUUGCGUCGAACUGUGCGUCAGUCGUCUGUAUGUAAGUGGCAAGUAGCUUGCCCAUAGCAACAACAACAAGACGUCCGGACUACACAUCGUCAAUAAUACUACAAUGGAGAGGCAACAGGAGGGGCGCUGCGAAAAGUUAGAGAGCUUUUUGCGACUGCUCGGAAACGAGAUCAAGGACUCGGACGACGCUGAUGAAGAGACAUAUGAUCUCUACGCCCAAGACUUGCCCUCAUCAGAUCUGGGUAUUAUCGACCCCAAGACCACCGAGUUGCAACUCACCGUGGCCGGUCGAGAGCUCACGAUCCAUCAAUCCCCAGGAAUCCUUUCCUCGGCCCGUGCCGGAGGUACCACCGGAGCCGUAACAUGGCGAAUAACCCCCCUCUUCGCAACCUGGAUUUCCUCCGCCUCCAACCCUCUCACCAACCACCUCAACCUCCUUAACAACCCUUCAUCAACAAUAAUCGAACUAGGCGCCGGCACCUCCGCCAUCGUCGGCCUCCUUCUCGCUCCGCGCGUGGGUAGGUAUGUGCUUACCGACCAGGGGUAUGUGGCGAAGCUGGUUGAGCGCAACAUUACGGAAAAUUGGGCUUCGGUAUCUCAACAACAACAACAACAAACUAGCAGCGGCGGCAGCAAGAGCAGAAAAGGAGGUCCGUCGAAACAGAAAGAUAAGAGCGGUGGCGGCGGCGCGGAAGCAGGAGGACCUGGACCCGGUGAACGGCUCGUCUUCCGGGCACUAGACUGGGAAACCGACACGCCCACCUCCUCCCUAGCUCACCCCGUCUCCUCCUCCUUCGACCUAGUCCUGGCAUGUGAUUGCAUCUACAACGAAGCCCUAGUCGAUCCGUUCGUCUCUACCUGCGUCGACAUUUGCAAGCUACGACGACACUCCGACACCACAGUCGCCGCCGGGGACAAGAAGAGGCCAGCAGCGGUGGUAGUGGUCGCGCAAGUCUUGAGAGAUUCGGAUGUGUUUAAUGCGUGGAUUAAGCGGUUUGUGCAGGAUUUUCGGUGUUGGAGGGUGCCUGAUGAGAUGAUGAUUGAUGAGUUGAAGAGCGAGGGUCAAGGGGGAAGUGGAGGAGGAGGAGGGACGUCGGGGUUUGUGGUGCAUGUUGGGGUUUUGAGGGAGGGGAGGUGA